UAGAAAAACAAAUGUAGUGUUUACGUCAACUUGCCUGAGAUUUCGUUUCUCUUAUGUCAAAAUGGGAGUGAAAACUCUCAGGAAAACAAUGUGAAAAGCCAAAUUUCUCAUUGUCAGGAUGAAGAAAAUAUUCGUUAUGAUCGUGUAAUACAUACACCGACAUGUUUACCAAGAAAUCUCACCAAGAUGUUAAGAAAUCAACAGUCAAAAUACAGGAUUCUAAAAAGGAUUCUGCAACCCGAUUGAAACACUUAAAAAUUGUUUUAGAGCACAUCGAUGCGGAUGAAGCCAAAACGUACUUUGAAGCCAACUUCAGCCAUGUGUAUUUUAUAUUGUAUGACAACUUUAUUCAAGCAGAAAAUAACCUUCGCCAAAGAGAACUUCCGUUCCAUCUUGUUCAUAAAGCCGGAAGAGAGGAGCUAGAAGGGGCGUUGUCCCUUCUCGAGAAAGUAUUAUGCCUGCUGCCGGAGCUGAUUGGGAAGAGAUGGCAGCUGCACUCAUUGACCAGAAUCUUCUCCAAGCUCCUACAUAGUAGCAACUCACAGAAGUUGCGAGCAGAAUCGAUAAGGUAUUUCCUGCUCUGGUAUCAAGCCCUCGGUGACAAUGCUCCAGUGGAAGUUCACAAGAUGUUCGCUUCCCUGGUGCCAGGACUGCCCGAACCUUGCAUACUACCAAGCGGCUCACCACUCAAAGGGAAACCUGACCCGAACGCACCAAACGACUCCGGAGACUUCAGCAUGGAGGAUAUACUGCACCAUCCGAAUUUUAGCUCGACCACAGACAAUGCCAAAAAGGUUGUAGUGGAGCAAACUACUACAGGAUUCAUGGGGAAACUAGCGAACGUCUCAGCAUCUAUAUUCCAUGAUACGAACGCUUUAAACCCAGUCCAAAGUGUUGAGGUUCUACCGCUGCUGCCACCAAGUGCCAAUGAGAAAGCAAUUGACAAUGAAACGAAGCAUUUCUUUGAAAUAUUACUGGAAGGAAUGGCGUCGUCGGUGACCAAGAUCCAUUGGAAGGACAGGUCGCACGCGAAAUGUAUGAGGAGUUUUGCGUUUCUGCUGGAGAGGUUUAAGAUGUAUUAUUUGCCUGUCAUCUGUCCGCAGUAUAACAGCAAGAAUUCAUUGUAUAAACCGAAUUUAGAACUGCCAGUCCAACACAACAUACUAGACGACGACUACGUUCUGUGCCGCGUGAUCCUCAUCAAAUGGGUGGCCAACUACGCCCACUACCUCAAGAAGACCGGCAGCGAUGGCGGCCAACCGUCGUCUAUGACCAGCACAGGGUCGCACGUGCCGCAUUCAAACACACCAACGCCGGCAACGUCGUUGCAUCAUGAGGAAGAAACGUCGUUCACUGUGGGACAACCCUCGGACUCUAGCAGGGCUUCCUCUCAUGACUCUGCCUCCAAUACGCCGCAUCCUAGCUUGGAACCAGAAACAACUGCUAUGACCAGCACAGGGUCGCACGUGCCGCAUUCAAACACACCGACGCCGGCAACGUCGUUGCAUCAUGAGGAGGAAACGUCGUUCACUGUGGGACAACCCUCGGACUCUAGCAGGGCUUCCUCUCAUGACUCUGCCUCCAAUACGCCGCAUCCUAGCUUGGAACCAGGUUGCCCAGCAGAAGAACUCUGCAGUUCUGCCGUAGUCCGCGACGUGCUGUGUGGGUGGUCGCGCGAACACGUCGACUUCACAAUUGAAGUGCUGCGCCAAGCUUUCCUGUUGCCGUUCGCUCACGCCGGGGCCGCGCGCCGGGUCAUAGCACUUUAUAAGGACUGGAUACAGAUGAACGUGAGUUUAUAUGAACCUUAUCUAGUUGUAAUAAAGUCGUUCAUAGUUGAAGUGCUGCGCCAAGCUUUUCUGUUGCCGUUCGCUCAUGCCGGAGCCGCGCGCCGUGUCAUCGCACUUUAUAAGGACUGGAUACAGAUGAAUGUAUCUGAGAUCCCGCCAUUCCUGCUAGAGAACACGUAUGAGCCGAACGAGCCCGCAGCGCCGCCGCGGCGGCUCCGGAACGACUCGUACCUCGGCGCCGUGGGGCGAGAUAAUGUUAUGGUGCGCGCUGGCCUUCAAAACGUUCUACAAGUAUUCAUGACGCAAGCGGCCAACGUGUUCCUAGCGAGUUCCUCGCCAGUGGCGCCGCCUGGCGGUCUGGGGCAGCAACAGCUGCUGGAAGAGCAGACGGACACGUGCAAGCGAGUGCUCAACAUCUACCGCUACAUGGUCAUGCACGUCGCCAUGGACGCCGGCUCGUGGGAACAACUAUUGCUGGUAUUGCUUCAAAUAACGUCGCUUGUACUUACCAAAGUACCACCAAAGAGAAAACAAGAAUCGCUGGGUGGAUUUUUGGCACCAGCGUUGUUCCAAACGCUAAUAGUAACGUGGAUAAAAGCGAAUUUAAACGUGUCAGUUAAACCGGAGCUGUGGCAGAACUUCAUGGAGCUACUUAGCAGGUUAACGCACUGGGAGGAGUUAAUUACAGAAUGGGCGAAAACAAUGGAAACCCUAACCCGCGUGCUAGCCCGGCACGUGUACUCGCUGGACCUGUCGGAGAGUACCGACCCGCGCGGGCGGGGGCGGGACGCGCGGGAGGGGCGGGGCGAGCGCCGCGCCGCGCCCGCCGUCGCGCCGCACCGCCAGCCGCCGCCGCCGCAGCAGCCCGAGGGACGACCGCUCGGCAAAUCACCAAAGCUGUCGGCGGGGGCGACUAGGCGAUUGGAAACGGGCGCGCGGCGGCUCACGCGGGCGCGCUCCGACCCGCACCUGCACAAGCACGCGCCUGCCCUCACACACACAGCAGAAGAAACCAAAGAACCAGCCAGCAACAACAAACCCCGGAGAUGGUACUCGCUUGACUCGCUGCGCCACUCGUCGCAACACGAGGAGAGAGACUCCGCUAGUGAAUCUCGGUCCCCGUCGCCAGCUCCGUCGAGCGGCGUCGAAAGCAGUUCGAUCAAGGAUUCGCCGCUGCAGAUAGAUUUGGCGUCAGAUGGCGGGAAUGUUGAGUGGUCAGAAAACGAAACGUCAGACAGCUUGGCCGGGUCGGCGGGCGUCGGCGUGGUGAUGGGCGGCGGCGCCCGCGGCUGGCUGCCCGACGUCGCGGCCGUCAUGUGGCGCCGCAUGCUGGCCGCGCUGGGCGACCCCAACCUGCUGCGCGACCCGCACGCGCACAAGAACCUCUACAAGUACCUCAUACACCUCAACACUACUCUACUCAAGGUAAAAAUCACGAAGUUGUCCAAGUGUCGGUGUCUGUGCGUGUUGUUUGUGAGAUUGUACGAAGUGUUGUCCAACUCUAAAGUGUUUAAAGACUGCCAAUGCGAAAGAAGAAGCGGAAAAAGGAGGCUUCUGAGGAGGCUCCGGAAAAAGAUAAGCCAAAACCAGACGCUAAAUGGCAACACGGAGAUCCAUGUGCCUUUUAACCUGGUGGCUGGAUGGUGCCUCGAGGCAGAGGCUUUGCCGCCUUCGCACAGGGCUGGCAAACUCCUGGCGCUACGAUUAUUGUGCGAGAGCACGCAAGCGCAGGCGCAGGGCCCGGGCGCGCCGUCGUCGUGCAACAACCGGCUGCAUCUCGCACACCUGCAUCUGUACCAGCGCGCGCUCCACCAUGGGCUGACGGGCGAGGACCGCUCCGUGGUCGACGUGCUGGUCGAGUACGCCGCGCCGCGCUACCUCUCCCUGGCUCUUGACGGCUACUCGCUGCUGCUGCUCGACUUCGUGCACGCGUCCACGGUCGUGCUCAACUCCUCUGACAUGGGGCCCACGUGUCCGCGAACAGCGGCGGUGACGUUCCUCGGCUCGCUGCUCGCGCUACCCGACUCCCUGAUGAACGCGCCCAUGUUACAACCGUACCCCCACCAAUACAACACCGUCUCAUGUCCUGAUCUCAAGGAACACGUGCUAAACAUAGUGGUCCGCGUGUGCCGGCGGGAAGGCGCCGCCGCGGCGCGCUGCUGCGGCGCCUGCGCGCUGACCGCUCACGUGUGCCGCCUGCUGGCCACCAGGCAGCACUGCCCGCGCCUGCCCUCCAUCGUCACCUGCCUGCUGCAGAUGCUGAUGGUGAGUUCUAUCACGAUCUACAUGGCCGAGCUGACCGCUCACGUGUGCCGCCUGCUGGCCACCAGGCAGUACUGCCCGCGCCUGCCUUCCAUCGUCACCUGCCUGCUGCAGAUGCUGAUGCUGACCGCUCACGUGUGCCGCCUGCUGGCCACCAGGCAGCACUGCCCGCGCCUGCCUUCCAUCGUCACCUGCCUGCUGCAGAUGCUGAUGAUGAAAAACAAGCACAUCGCGAAAGUGGUCAGCGACUGCGUACUGGUGUUAGCCGACUACACGGACCGCAUCGUUGAAAUGUACCCGGGGCUCGCUGGUAAAAUAAUAAAGUGGAUCUGCGCGUGCUUGGCCCAACUGGCGAGCAGCAGCGGCCGCGAUUCAGUGAAGCCUCUAGCUGGCUCGCUGCUCUUAUGCCUCGCCGAGUUCGCCGUGCGGUGUGGCCCCACGUAUCUCAUGCAGGAAAAAGAGGGAGACCAGACGCUCUUACUUAUCAUAUUCAAGGUAAGAAGCGGCCGCGAUUCAGUGAAGCCCCUAGCUGGCUCGCUGCUCUUAUGUCUCGCAGAGUUCGCCGUGCGGUGUGGCCCCACGUAUCUCAUGCAGGAAAAAGAGGGAGACCAGACGCUGUUGCUUAUUAUAUUCAAGGUAAGGAGCGGCCGCGAUUCAGUGAAGCCUCUAGCUGGCUCGCUGCUCUUAUGCCUGGCCGAGUUCGCCGUGCGGUGUGGCCCCACGUAUCUCAUGCAGGAAAAAGAGGGAGACCAGACGCUGUUGCUUAUUAUAUUCAAGGUGCUAUACGCCGUGAUGCGAGGAACCAACACCGAAAUAGAAGGUCUAUCGUUACCCGUGGACGAGGACUUUGACCCUAAUAUUCAGCCUGGGCAAGACAAUCUAGGCCAGAAAACCGCUCCUGCUUCCACCAUAGAUGUGAAGCUAUGGGCGCAGACGAUCUGCACGCAGCUAGUGCUGUUCCUCGGGCACUGGCCCCUGUGGAGCAGCUGCCAGCUGUCGUGCGGCGUGGGCGAGCAGCACGACAGCUCGCCGCCGCUGGGGCCCGAGCUGGGCGCCGGCGUGCUGUCCGCGCCGCACGUGCUGCUGCUGCGGCUCAGCGACGCCACGCUCGCCUCGCUGGUGGAGCUGCCGGCGCUGCCGCCGCCGCCGCCCGCGCCAGGUCUAGCGACAUCAGAUAGGCAGGUGCGCGUGUUGCUCCGCGACAUCGCGGGGAAGGCGUGCUGGGACGCCUCCGCGUUGUACUACGAUCCCUCCUACUGCGCGGAACAGGAGCCCGAACCGUUGGCUUUACCUGAGAGCGUGGAGAGUCCGCGAGAUAACACGCUGUCGUCAUUGCCGCCGCCGCUACCGCCAGAUCUGCUGCCAGACUACCAAAAUUGUCCGCCAGAUAAACACCAGUUGGAUCAUGUUUUGGCGUACAUCGGUCACACAUCACCAGAAGUAGUAGACGGUAGAAGGCUGGACGAGGCCGGGCCAUCCCCGCUGCCUCCAGGAGCCGAGGACGAGCUGGUGGCCGCGCUGGUCGCGCACCGGAACGCCGAGCGGCACUACCUCGCCUCUAGAGACAGUGACGAGGAACUAGAAAUACCGGAGAGAACCGACAGCGGGUCAGCAGGCCCGUUCUCGCAGUGCCGGCUGUUACUGGCGCAGCUGGGCACUCUGGCGCCGUCGCGGCGCGCGCACGCGCAACUUCUGCGCCGCUCCGAGCGCCUGCUGCGAGAACUAAGGAACUUGGACGCGCAGAGAUGUCGAGAGACUCACAAAGUGGCGGUGAUCUACGUGGGCAAAGGGCAGGAGACGCGCAACGAAAUCCUGUCCAACCGCUGCGGCAGCCCCGCCUACGAGGCUUUCCUGGCUGCCUUGGCGUGGGAGGUGGAGCUGGAGAGCCACUUGGGGUUCUCGGGCGGGCUGCGCGGCGGCGGCGGCGCCACGGCGCCCUACUUGGCCACGCUCACGCUCGAGGCGCUGUUCCACGUCGCCACGCGCAUGCCCGCAGACACGCCCGACGCCAUCCUCAACAAGACCCGGCACCUCGGCAACGACGAGGUCCACGUGGUGUGGAGCGAGCACUGGCGCGCGUACAAGAGAGACACGCUGCCCACCCAGUUCUGCGACGUGCUGAUCGUGCUGUACCCGCUGUCGGCCGGGCUGCUGCGGGUCACCGUCUCGAGGAAGCCUUCCGUGGGCGUGUUCGGCCCGCUGUGGGAGGAAGGCAUCGUGAGCGUGGAGUGCUGCGCGGCGCUGGUGCGCGCCGCCGCCACCGCGGGCGGCCGCGCCGUGCGCGCCACCAUGCCGCUCUACCAGCACGCUUAUUCUGAGCGAGCGAGAAGCUUGCAGCAACUAGUGCAACACCACACGCAGCCGGCUACGUUCGAGCACUUUGUUGAGCGCGUGCGGGAACCCGUGCCCGCUGUCACACAGCCCCAAGGUGGCGACACCGCGGGCGGCCGCGCCGUGCGCGCCACCAUGCCGCUCUACCAGCACGCUUAUUCUGAGCGAGCGAGAAGCUUGCAGCAACUAGUGCAGCACCACACGCAGCCGGCUACGUUCGAGCACUUCGUGGAGCGCGUGCGGGAACCCGUGCCCGCUGUCACACAGCCCCAAGAACAAAGCACCGGUCGACUAGCGGCAGCGCUUCUCGACGCGGGCGCGGCGGCAGCGGCGUGGGGCGGGGGCGGGGGGGACGCGCUCUCCGUGUCGCCGCGCGCCGGCAAGCGGCUCGGGGGGUUCCGCCGCCCGCCACACCCCCCGCCCGCUGAACCCCCGCACCUCCCCGCGCCCGCACCCGCGCCCGCGCCCAGGAGGCACCGGUGA